GUUUCACUGUGCUAGUUCUUCUGGAAUGCAAACGUGCCACGGACAGGCGAAAUCAGCCCAAUCCACUCUGGAGAGAAGUGCUUGAUCGGAGUGGUCUAAGUACCACUUGCCCAAGAAGAUGCAGCUGUGACCCUGCCCAGUCAGUGCAAUGCUACAGAGCUACGGAGAUCCCCAGAGAGAUUCCUUUUACCACCAGGAGACUCUACAUAAGUCACAGCAAAAUUAAACAACUCCAGAUUACUGACUUCAGGAGAAUGUCAGCCCUCGAAGAGCUGGUCCUAUCAUGCAGUGGCACAGAAUCAAUAGAAAACAACACUUUCAAAGCUCUGAGCACCUUGAAGUCCCUGGAACUCUACAAAAAUCAGCUAAAGCAAAUACCCGCCUUCCUCCCAUCUGGCCUUGAAAUUUUAAAACUCGCCGAUAACUCCAUCAACGCUCUGCAUGAGUCUGAUUUUGAAGGUUUGAUGAAGCUAAGGGUGCUCGAUAUUCGGAACAACUUGAUUGCAACUCUGCCUCCGAGUGCAUUUUCUUCCCUUUGCAAUUUACAAAGUCUGAUUCUGGAUGGCAACAACAUGGAAUCUGUGUCUGCACCACUUAAGCUUCCUAGGCUGAAGUAUCUGAGCAUGGCCGAUAAUAAACUGAACUCGUUCCCAACCAACUUCUUUGCAUCCUUCCAAAAUCUACAGUUUCUCAGUUUAAGUGGCAACUUUUUGACAAAAGUGCCUCUUGACCUACCUAAAUCCCUGCUGUCACUAAAAUUAGAGAAAAACCAACUCAAAACAAUAAGACUUCGAGACGUGAAACACCUAGAAAACCUGUCUGAGUUCUUCCUGUCAGAAAAUCAGCUAACAUCAAUAGAUGGUGCCCAGCUUCUUCCGAACUUAACAACACUGGAGCUCGCUAAGAACCGGCUACACACUAUGCCACCCAGGCUGCCCGGCAGACUGCAGAAGCUCGACUGCAGCAAUAACCUGAUUCAAAGGGUGACAGCGCAGGACUUCCAAGGACUACAAGACCUCAAGCACUUGUUUCUUGACAACAAUGCUGUUAGCAUGUUUGAGGCGGGAGCUCUUCAGCAGUGUGCGCAGCUUUCGAAUCUGGCACUGGAACAGAAUCUCCUCAUUUCUAUUCCACUCAGACUUCCAGACACCCUUGCUAGAUUGGAUCUAAAGGGAAAUGACAUAGAGGAUGUUGGAGAACAAGAGCUGAAGGACUUGAAACAGCUUCAGGUUCUAAAUUUACGGAACAACAAGAUAUCUGCCUUGGACCGCAAAGUCUUAGAGUAUUUACCUCGUCUCCGUCAUCUGUAUUUAGAUGGAAACCCCUGGAACUGCACCUGUGACCUUCUCAGAACCAGAAGAGCGCUGGUGGCCAAAGGAACGGAUGUCAGGGGAGGACAGUGCGCGGCGCCGGCAGAAAGCCGAGGAGAAAGUUGGAUGUCUUCCAAAAAGAUUCUGCAGCAGUGUGAAGAUAAUCUGUCUUCCAUAGAAAGGGGCAAAGAGGACAGAAAGAAAAUGAAACCAAAUGAGGCCUCCAGCAUUGGAGUAAACACAGAUGAUGAUUACUAUGAUUAUGAAUUAGAUUAA